UUAUCCUUGUAAACAAAACUGCACCCCACCCAUUCCAUCCUGUUUCUAAGACUUCAAAUUCAAGGCCUCGUAUGUGACAUCAUAUUGCACAAGAAAUAUAAAAAAGUUUGCUGAAGCCACCAGUACCUGAAAUUCAGAAUUUAAAUAGUUAAUUAAAUAAUUUAAAUUUCAUAGUCUUACAGCGGAAAGGUAUUUGAGAUCCAAAACAAUGACGCCGCAGACAACAUGCUGCCGUACAUUUGUUUGCAGUUGGAGCACAAAAUGGUUGAGGGUCUCCAAAAGAUCGGGGCCCACACAUUGCACACCAUUCAGUAAGGCCAAGCAUUUUCGUUGCUGCAAGGAAAACUUUAUAUUAAUCCUAGAUGGAAUGGCGAUUGGCUACUUGCCUCAUCCUGAACAUUGUGGUUGAAGUAGAGAAUACCAUGCACCUUUCCCAUAUGCAUGGCCAGCCACAGCACCAUGUAGAUCCACCUGACCCAAUCAGCCAGCUCCGGAACGUCAAUGCCCUUGUAAACAAGGAACAGAUUCAGGUUGAAGUUGAAGAAGCAACCCACAAUCAGAAGUACAAUGGAAUACUGGUAUGCUGUAUUGACCAGUUUGGUGAAGCGCGUCAGUUCAGCGUGCUGCAGACGCAGUCUUUGCACCUCCCACCGUCGUGGACGUGGCAAGUGUUGGAGCUCCCAUUGCAGGGAUUCAGUGACUGCUGCCUGACGCCAAGCGAUACCCUGGAGCAGCACAUAGUACUGGAUAAAGGAGAGGCUGCUGAUGAUGUUGGGCAUCACAAAGCUGUGGAUGCUGAGAAUUGCCUUGUAGACAACAAAUCUUUGGCUACAAAUAUCGAUGGCAAACGCCGAGCAGGCCAACACCAACACCAGCGACAGCUGAACCCGCAAAAAGCGCUUACUCUGGCGGCAGUUGAUACUAUAUCCCCUCUCCAGAUCCGACUUCACUAUUCUGUCAAGUACGGCCGGAGCCCGGUGUCUCCAUUGAAAUGUAAGGAUCAAGAUUGAGGCACUGUGCACCACGUAGAUGGCAGAUUCCAUGGCGUUCAAAUAGCAAUCAAUGGAAACCUUGUUCAGUGUGAUGAGCACGAAUUCCCAGUAGGAGGCUAGGCAGAACCAGCCGUAGCACACGGCCAUCCAACACAGAUGAAGAUGGCGGUAGACUAUUCCCUGGCGACCAGGCAGAACAGCAAUGGGCGCGGUGUUGGCCAAAACAGAAAUCAAGAGUAGCCAAUGCAAGGCUUUGUAGAGACGUCUGGUUUGCUGAUGAAACGAAGGAUGUCUGCCAUCCUUUCCGCCGUCAUUGGGUGCUUUGGUGGCACUUUCUUCGGCUUCCCCAUGUCGACUGCUAAGGACAUUAGGAAAGCCUCCAUUUCAACUGCUUUGACCUGUCAAAUGGACAUUAAUCUAUGCAGCCAAAUUAUAUUUCUUCUGCAUUUUAUUAUUCAUUAACAAAACUCCUUUGCCGAUGAGCAGUUCAAUUAGCAAUCGCUGGGGAAAUCUCCUGCUGACCAUUAGCCGCUGCCUGGCCGUGGCUCCCACUGCAAGGAAGGAAGGAAGAUUUGCCCGAUGGAUCCACUGUCUUUGGUGCUUGGUUUUGCUGGGCUACGUGUGGACUGGCUGCAUCUGGAAGUGCAUUGUGUUUGACGCAGAAAUGCCGACCAUCGAGAAGCUGCUGUAUCUGAUGGAGUUUCCAGGCAAUAUAACGAUCACUGGCCUCCUCGUGUACCAUGCUGUACUCAAUUGUCCGUACGCCAGGGAUGUGGAGACUCAGAUUCAUCUUUUGAUUGGCCGGCAGGAUUUUGGAGUAGCACAGAGACUCUACCAGAAGCACGGAAAGAGGACUCGUCAUCUGCUGGUACAAACCAUCGUAUUCCAUGGCGCCUGCAUAGUGGUUGACAUUGUAAAUUACGACUUCAACUGGUGGACUACCUGGAGCAGUAAUAGUGUAUACAAUUUGCCUGCUCUGAUGAUAAGCCUGGGUGUGCUGCAAUACGCCCUCGCCGUGCACUUACUCUGGCUGUUGCAGGCACAUCUCUGUCAUUGUCUGGAGCAGCUUCAAAAGCGACAAAGGCCGCCACAAGGUAUCGUAAAUCUGGAUGCCCGGUACGAUCGUUUUUUUGCUUCUCUCGUGGAUGCUGGCGGAUGCUCUUCUCUCGUACUGGAGGAGCUGCGCGCAACGUACACUUCUAUAGAUCGCCUGCACAGGCAGCUGCUGGACAAGUUCGGUCUCUUCCUGCUCCUCAACUUUGGAAACUCUCUUUGCAGCUUCUGCGAGGAGCUCUACAUGGUCUUUAACUUCUUCCAGCGGCCGCAAUGGUCCGCGGGCCUGUUAUUGUUCUACCGAAUACUGUGGCUGGUCAUGCACGGCGGACGCAUCUGGGUGAUCCUGGCUGUCAACGAACAGCUGGUGGAGCAGGAAUGUCAAUUAUUCCUUCAGCUCAAUCAAAUGGAGGUGUGUGGCAGCCAUCUCGAGCGCACCAUUAACCGUUUCCUGGUGCAGCUCCAGACGAGCAUCGGACAACCCUUGCUCGCGUGCGGCGUCAUCGAUUUGGACACGCUGGCAAUGGGUGGGUUUAUCGGGGUGCUGAUGGCCAUUGUGAUAUUCCUAAUUCAAAUAGGCUUGGGGAAUAAAUCGCUAAUGGGAGUUGCCCUCAAUCAAUCAGGCUGGAUUUACAUUUGAAUAAACUGUCUUAACCAUUA